CCGGGGCGCGGGCGAUGCUGAUCCGGAAGAGGCGAUGGCUGCAGUGGCGCGCGCGCGGCCGCUCCGGGCCCGCCGACCUGCCCCGGCUGCCCCGGCGGAGUUUCUGAUCUAAAGCGCCAGGGCCCGGAGCCUGUAGCGGGAGCAGCAACAGCAGCAGCAGCUCGGCGGCGCUGGCAUCGUCCUAACUUGCACGCGCGGAGUGACCCCAGACAUUUCACUAAAAUGAGCGUGCUUAGCAGGAAGAGAUGUGUUCCUUACACUAGAAAUCACCCCGUCACAUGUAGUGGUGUCCCAAUUAAUGGAUUCUGACAUGGAUUAUGAAAGGCCAAACGUAGAGACCAUCAAGUGUGUUGUGGUGGGGGACAACGCCGUGGGCAAGACCAGGCUCAUCUGUGCCCGGGCCUGCAAUGCCACCCUCACGCAGUACCAGCUGCUUGCCACCCAUGUGCCCACAGUUUGGGCCAUCGACCAGUAUCGAGUGUGCCAGGAGGUUCUGGAACGCUCCCGAGAUGUGGUAGAUGAUGUCAGCGUCUCCCUGCGCCUCUGGGACACCUUUGGAGACCACCACAAAGACCGUCGAUUUGCUUAUGGGAGGUCCGACGUGGUGGUUCUGUGCUUCUCCAUUGCCAACCCUAAUUCCCUUCACCAUGUCAAGACCAUGUGGUACCCAGAGAUUAAGCACUUCUGCCCCCGAGCACCUGUCAUCUUGGUGGGCUGCCAGCUGGACCUGCGCUAUGCUGACCUGGAGGCUGUCAAUAGGGCCAGGCGACCCUUGGCUAGGCCCAUCAAGCCCAAUGAGAUCCUUCCCCCCGAGAAGGGUCGGGAGGUGGCCAAGGAGCUGGGCAUCCCCUACUAUGAGACCAGCGUGGUGGCCCAGUUCGGCAUCAAGGACGUCUUUGACAACGCCAUCCGGGCGGCGCUCAUCUCCCGCCGCCACCUCCAGUUCUGGAAGUCCCACCUCCGCAACGUGCAGCGGCCCCUGCUGCAGGCGCCCUUCCUGCCCCCGAAGCCCCCUCCCCCCAUCAUCGUGGUGCCGGACCCCCCCUCCAGCAGCGAGGAGUGCCCCGCCCACCUCCUGGAGGACCCGCUGUGCGCGGACGUCAUCCUGGUGCUGCAGGAGCGGGUGCGCAUCUUUGCCCACAAGAUCUACCUCUCCACCUCCUCCUCCAAGUUCUACGACCUGUUCCUCAUGGACCUGAGCGAGGGGGAGCUGGGGGGCCCCUCGGGGCCAGGGGGCCCCCGCCCGGAGGACCCCCGGGCUCCCCCGGAUCAGUACCACCACCACCACCACCACCACCACCACCACGGCCGGGAGUUCCUGCUGCGCGCCGCCAGCUUCGACGUGUGUGAGAGCCUGGAGGACGGUGUGGGCGCCGGGCCCGCUGGGCUCCGGGCCUCCACCAGCGACGGCAUCUUACGGGGCAACGGCACGGGGUACCUGCCUGGCAGAGGCCGGGUGCUGUCUUCCUGGAGCCGAGCUUUUCUAAGUAUCCAGGAGGAGAUGGCAGAAGAUCCACUGACCUACAAAUCCAGACUGAUGGUGGUGGUAAAAAUGGACAGUUCCAUCCAGCCGGGGCCCUUCCGGGCCGUCCUCAAAUACCUGUACACGGGGGAGCUGGACGAAAACGAGCGGGACCUCAUGCACAUCGCCCACAUCGCCGAGCUGCUCGAGGUCUUCGACCUGCGCAUGAUGGUGGCCAACAUUCUCAACAAUGAGGCCUUCAUGAACCAGGAGAUCACCAAGGCCUUCCACGUGCGCCGGACCAACCGGGUGAAGGAGUGCUUGGCAAAGGGCACCUUCUCAGAUGUGACCUUUAUCCUGGAUGAUGGCACCAUCAGCGCCCACAAGCCCUUGUUGAUUUCUAGCUGUGACUGGAUGGCUGCCAUGUUUGGGGGGCCGUUUGUGGAGAGUUCCACCAGGGAGGUGGUGUUUCCUCACACGAGCAAGAGCUGCAUGCGGGCGGUGCUGGAGUACCUGUACACGGGCAUGUUCACCUCUAGCCCCGACCUGGACGACAUGAAGCUCAUCAUCCUGGCUAACCGCCUCUGCCUGCCACACCUGGUCGCCCUCACAGAGCAGUACACAGUGACCGGGCUGAUGGAAGCAACUCAGAUGAUGGUGGACAUCGAUGGGGACGUCCUUGUGUUCCUGGAACUGGCUCAGUUCCACUGCGCCUACCAGUUGGCGGACUGGUGUCUCCACCACAUCUGCACCAACUACAACAACGUGUGCCGCAAGUUCCCCCGAGACAUGAAGGCCAUGUCCCCAGAAAACCAGGAGUAUUUCGAGAAGCACCGGUGGCCGCCGGUGUGGUACCUGAAGGAGGAAGACCACUAUCAGCGGGCACGGAAGGAGCGGGAGAAGGAAGACUAUCUCCACCUGAAGCGGCAGCCCAAGCGGCGGUGGCUGUUCUGGAACAGUCCCUCGUCACCGUCCCCUUCUGCCGCCUCCGCGUCCCCCUCUUCCUCCUCAGCCGUGGUCUGAGACGCUGCCACCCUCUCCUGACCCUGCUGCUCUUGUGUCCACCUGCCCUUGCUCCUCUGCUCUCUGCAUCCCCCCCUCCACCUUCCAGGGACAAGGGGACCCACAUAACCAGGACCCUAAGGGCCGGGCUGUUCUCACCAGGCAACAUAGCUCAGCAGGAGAGGAGCCGGGCCUUGUGGAUCGGCACAGGGACCCCCUUCAGAGGUCCCCAGUUCUGAAACAGGGCAGGGGACAUCUCCUGGGAAGUGGGAGCAGGAAAGAGCUGAGAAUACUGGCAUCUUGUCCCUGGGUUGGAGAACCCUAGAGUCAAAGGGAAAACUUUUCCAGCCGUGAGAGCUAUGGUCUGGGGAGGCAGCCCCCC